AUGGCCAACGGUGGGGCCUCGAUCGCGCAGGCCGCUGGGCCUGGACCGAAACCUCUGCCAUUGUCCGCGCAGCAGCCCGAGUCGGCGCAACAGAAGAAGGACUUGGCGAGCUGGUGGAGGAACUUCAAGCGUAGUGAUAAGAAGGCGCAGGAGCAGCAAGGCACUGUCCCACAUGGGAUCUUCGGCAUUCCUCUCCCGCAAUCCAUACGAUACGCGAAUGUUGCCAUCUCGCUAUACAAUGAUGAGGGGCAAAGCUACAUAUACGGUUACGUGCCAAUUGUGGUAGCAAAGUGCGGCGUGUACCUGAAAGAGAAAGCAACCGACGUCGAGGGCAUCUUCCGCUUAGCGGGCAGCGAGAAGCGGAUAAAAGAGCUCAAGGUGGCUUUCGACUCUCCCGACCGCUAUGGCAAAGGUCUGGACUGGACGGGCUAUACAGUUCACGAUGCUGCAAACAUCCUCCGACGAUACUUCAACCAGCUGCCGGAGCCUAUCAUACCGCUGAACUUUUACGAGCGAUUCCGAGAACCACUACGGAACCAUCAGGCACAGGCAGUGGGUCAUAUUGAGGCACAGAGCCCGAGCGUGGGCAACUUCGACCAGGAGUCCGCAAUCAAGGUGUUUCAGAAUCUCAUCACGGAGCUACCACCGCUGAAUCGGCAACUACUGCUGUACAUCCUGGACCUCUUGGCUGUCUUCGCGAGCAAGUCGGACCUUAACAAGAUGACGACUGCUAACCUCGCCGCCAUCUUUCAACCUGGUAUCUUGAGUCAUCCACAGCACGACAUGGCGCCCCAGGAAUAUCGACUCAGCCAAGACGUUCUCAUCUUCCUGAUCGAGAACCAAGACAGCUUCUUGAUUGGUAUGUCAGGUACUGAAGCAGAUCCAGAGACUGUUCGGGAUGUCCAGAGUGGAACGCCAGCUCAGCAGCCCACAACUCCCACGACUCCGAGUCGAGUAAAGACUGGCAUUGGGCGAUCGAGCUCCAGUGCAAGUGCUGGAGCUGAAAGUGUACGAAAGUUUGGGAACAUCAGGCGGAAUGUCUCCGUCUCGAGCAGGCACAGCAGACGGUCAGAAUCCGGGCCAACACCAGUGACACCCGCGAUUGGAACAACACCAUCCACCCCUACCAGCGGCGUAUACCGCAGCAACACUGCGCCAUCUCGCAGAAAAGGCGGUUCGAAUCAGUCCCCUCGAUUUUCUCGUGACAAAACGUCAGACCCGCCAACACCAAGCCCAGGCGCUGCCACGAUCACGGAAGAACGAAGAGACCUUGCACUAGGGUCCAUGCAAAGCACGCCGGUGGCGACCAUUGCCCCGACUUUUCCAGACAUCCCAUCACCACAAGUAUUGUCUGCUUCGUCCAGUGAAGCGACCACACCAUUGGCUGGUGUUGGCAGUGAUACUGCUUCCACUGUAAAGAGCGACUACACGACACCAAAGAAGGACACUACACCGCUCCUUGCUCCUCCUGGCAGUAUGGACCAGACCAGGGACAGGUCGACCUCAAACACGCCAUCAACUGCCUCCUCUCGUGGCUUCCUGGAUAUCUUCAAGCAGUCGCCGAUUAGUGAUGGCGAAGGACGAAAGCCGAACAAGCUCCAGAAGAAGCGGAUCCCGGGAUCUUCACUCUCGAGUGCUCAGUCGUCAACCCAGUCGCUGGAGCAUGUUACACAGCAGGAGAACUUCCAUCAGCGGCCUCCAGUCACGCCACCUAACUUUCCACAGGCUGUAGGGGAGGGUAAUGGUGAUGAGGCAGGUACCAAGUCGGCAUACGCUACAGCCCAGACAACACCUGUCCAGCCCACGCCGCAACGCAAUCCUACAGACGCUACACUGCGGCCGACGACCUCACCCACGCAGUCUUAUCACUCGACAGAUCUGUCCGAUGCCGACAUGGUUGGCGAUGACAUGCCGACGCCCGGUGCAGAGCAGCCAGAUCAGCGCGAGAAGAAGCGACACAGGUGGCGGCUGUCAAGAUCACAGAAUAAGCUUGACACGCCACAGACUCCCAACGCUAACAAUAGAGAAAAUCCGAUGGGCAACAUGGCAGCGCGAGAAUUGCAGACUUCCCGCUCAACUGUCGGUAGCAGUGUAGGAGGAGGACAAGCCCGAAGAAGCUUCCAAGAGCCAACAGCACUCAUGCCCUCGGCCACGGACCCGGCGGCUGGCACGCCGAUACCUACCGGCUCCCUACAAUCUUCAUCGACGGAGCCGCAGGUAUUCUCUGACUCGGAGCGUGAGAAGAAAGGUCCCAUGUCGUGGAUUCGGAGUAAAAUCCAGGAGAGGAAAGAAAGGGAUGCGGAGAAAAGGGAGAGAGCGAAGACGCCAGAGAGGGGCAAGGAGAGGGAAGUGAGGACGGCGAGUAAGCAGGAUUUGAGGUUGCCUUCUGACGCUAUUCCUGCGAGAGGGAAGUCGUUGGAUGUGCAGAGAGCUAGCGCGGCAGUGGCGGCUGGUCCGGCCAGUACGAGUGGGAAUCAUAGCCCCACGAGUGUCGGUGUCGGUGCUGCACCAAUGCCUACGCAGAUGUCUGGCCAAGGUCACCUAUCAGCCCAGGUACUGCAUCAGCCUCCGACUCAGCUCCAGGGCCCUCCGCUUGCGCAGGUCCAGACGCAGGUUCCGGUUCAGAAGAUCGAGGCGCCUCAGCAGGUGCAGUAUAUGGCGUAUGCACCGCCGCAAGGUCAGCAGCAGCAGCAGCAGCAGCAGCAGGCGAAUCCGCAGCUUCAACCAGCUUUACAACUACCGCCUCCGCAGCAUGCACAAGUGCAACAGGUUGCAAUAGGACACGCUCCAACAACGAGUACCAUACCUUCAGCAGCACCAGUGCAAGGAGAACAACGGCAUUCCGAAAGCAACAUGCAAACUGCUCCGACCUCGAGUGCGCCGGGGCAGGCGAUAUAG